AUGCAAGCAAUUGCCGAUAGAUUUAACCACACCAAUGCGCUAGCAGUGGAGUUGCAAUACGAUAACGAAGAAAUGCUACAGAACGAUUUUGUCACCGGCAGUGCGCUUUUCAAUCGGCUAGCUCCCCAAAUUUCCGUUCCUCCUAUAUCCUCUCCACAAGAAUUUCUUAGAGCGCACACAGAUGAUUCGCAAAACCCGGACUGCAAGAUCAAGAUUGCCCAUGGUACCACCACUCUAGCUUUCAGGUUUCAAGGUGGUAUUGUAGUGGCAGUAGACUCCCGUGCCACAGCAGGUCAGUGGAUUGCAUCUCAAACUGUGAAAAAAGUCAUCGAAAUCAACCCCUUUCUGCUUGGUACUAUGGCAGGCGGUGCGGCUGACUGUCAGUUCUGGGAAACAUGGUUAGGGACACAAUGUAGGCUUCAUGAGCUCAAAGAAAAAGAACGUAUUUCGGUUGCAGCCGCAUCUAAAAUCUUAAGCAAUUUGGUGUAUGAAUAUAAGGGCGCGGGACUUUCGAUGGGCACAAUGAUUUGUGGUUACACCAAAAAAGAAGGACCAACGAUAUAUUACGUUGAUUCUGAUGGUACAAGACUGAAAGGAGAUUUAUUCUGUGUAGGCUCAGGUCAAACUUUUGCGUAUGGUGUUCUUGAUUCCAACUACAAAUGGGAUCUAUCAGUUGAGGACGCACUUUACCUCGGAAAACGGUCAAUUUUGGCCGCCGCUCAUAGAGAUGCUUACUCUGGUGGUUCUGUAAACCUUUACCACGUUACAGAGCAAGGAUGGAACUUCCAUGGGAAUCACAAUGUUGACACCCUUUUCUGGGAAAUCAAGGAAAAGGAAGGUUCUUUCAACAACGUUAUCGGUUGA